AUGGCGGUUGCUCCCUUCCUGGUCCUUUGGUUCGUGGUCAGCUUCGUGCUCUACCAGGUAUGGCUAGUGAUCUAUCGACUCUGUUUUCAUCCCCUGGCCAAAUUUCCAGGGCCCAAAUUGGUUGCCACGACGUUUUGGUGGGAAUGUAUUCAGGAUCUGUUUGCCGGGCAGGGCGGGGAAUUCAUGAACCAGGUGGAAGCCAUGCAUGAUCGAUACGGCCCUAUCGUGCGGGUGACACCAGAUGAAGUCCAUAUCAAGGACCCGGAAUGGGCCACCGUCCUCUAUGCUGGUCCUGGGCACAUCCGUGAUAAAGACCCCUCCCUAGCGCAUGCAGCAGGAACAGCAGAUGGAACCUUUGGGACAGUGUCACACGACAUUCAUCGACGACGUCGCGCCCCCGUCAGUUCAUAUUUCUCCAAGUCCUCUGUUGCCAAACACCUGUUCGACAAGAUCUGGCAGCGAUCCGAGCAUAUGUGCGAUGUACUCCGAGAGCAUCACCGUCGGGGAACUGUCGUGAGCGGCCGAGCCACCUUCCUGGGCUGGUCCAAUGACAGUCUGCGAGAGUGUUCGUUUGGCGAGCGUCUCGACCUACUUGAUGAUCCGGCCAAGGCGAUGGCUUUUGAUGAUGUCUUCAAGGCCUUUGCGGCGGUUUAUCCCAUUCUGAAACAGUGCGAAUGGAUGAUUCCGUUCGCCCUGCAAUUGCCUAUCGCUCCUUUCAGGUAUAUCUACAAGCCGCUGGCGACGCUUCUGACGGUACAUGUGGAAUAUCUAUCACAAAAUUCCCCGCUAGGCUACCAGGGUCCGAAGGACCAGUUUGGAGCAACGCAAGUCUCCCAGCGCCAGCAUACCCUCUUCCAUGCUCUCACGGCUAGUAGUCUCCCCGAAGACGAGAAGCGACCGACAAGGAUGGCACACGAGGGGUUUGAGAUCCUUCUCGCUGGUAGUGACACUACGGCGCGCACAAUGGGCAUUGCCGCGUAUCAUGUCAUGGCGAAUGCCCCAAUCAAGCAACGGCUACUUGAGGAACUGAAAACCGUCAUGCCAGAUCCGGAAGAUACUGUGGAGUUGAAGGUCUUGGAGAGUCUGCCGUUUCUGAAUGCAGUGAUAAAAGAGUCGCUUCGGAUUGGCAAAGUCACGGAUCAUCGUCUCAGCCUGGUUGCACCAUAUGAGACCCUCCAGUACAAAGAGUGGACUAUCCCAGCCGGGACCCGAGUUUCAAUGACCCCAACGCGAAAUUCCUACGAUGAAAAGUAUUUCCCAGACCCAUAUAGAUUCGCUCCGGAACGCUGGCUCCAGUCCGAAGAUCAAGUUGCCGCCAUGAACCGGGUAUUCAUGCCUUUUGCACAUGGCCGACGAGGCUGCUUGGGGAUGCACUUUGCCCAGGCCGAGCUUCGAGCGGGACUUGCGUGUGUGUUUCGACGGUUCGACUUCGAACUUGUCGACACCAUUCGUGAGCGGGACAUUGAUCAUUCAUGGGCUCAUAUCGCGGGGGAGCCAGAUAAGAGGGGCAAAGGGUUACGGUUUCGCGUCACUAGGGCGUACUAG